CGGCGGCAGAAGCGCAGAGUCGGCCAGCACGGCACAACGCACGCUCCCGUACUCGGAUGACAGCCCGGUGAUUAUAAAAAAAAAAAAAAAAAAAGCAAAGCAAAGCAUCACGACGCGAACCGAUCCGUGGACCGUCGCUCAUCUGCAUAUGAAGUGUUGAAUUUUUUCCAGAUAUAUAUAUUUUUAUUUGAUCCUGUUUUGCUAUUUUCUUGCAUUUCCAACGAGGACUACUUUUACGCAUUUGGUUUGGUCAAUAAUGCCAGCUGACACCAUGGAAAAGCAGACGGCAUCACCUAUUGCCGGUGCCCCUGCGAACGGAUCCCACACACCAGACAAACCGAAAAAUGCCAGCGAGCACAGAAAAUCAUCCAAACCUAUAAUGGAAAAACGCCGGAGAGCGAGAAUAAACGAGAGUCUCGGGCAGCUGAAGACACUCAUUCUGGACGCACUUAAAAAAGAUAGCUCCAGACACUCCAAACUGGAGAAAGCAGACAUCCUGGAGAUGACAGUGAAGCACUUGAGGAACCUGCAGCGCGUCCAGAUGAGCGCAGCGCUUUCUGCAGAUGCCACCGUCCUGAGUAAAUACAGAGCAGGAUUCAACGAGUGCAUGAAUGAGGUGACCCGCUUCCUGUCCACCUCAGAGGGGGUGAACACGGAGGUCAGGUCCAGGCUCCUCAACCACCUGUCCAGCUGCAUGACCCAGAUGAUGUCCAUGAACUACCCGCAGCAGCCCCCGUCCCAGCAGGCUCAUCUGGCGCAGCCCCUCCAUGUGCAGCUCCCAUCCACCCUGCCCAUCAACGGCGCCACCAUGGGCUCCAAACUCAGCCCAGCCGAAGCCGUGUCCCCUAAGGUCUUCGGUGGGUUCCAGCUGGUGCCCGCAACAGACGGACAGUUCGCUUUUUUGAUCCCCAACCCCACUUUCGCCUCCUCCACCGCACCUGUUAUCCCCUUGUACGCAAACGCAGGACUGCCCGUGGCCGUUAACGCCAGUCCGGUGCACGGCAGCUCCGCACCGCCUGCAGCAUCUCCAGUCCACGGCAUGACGUCCUUUUCCGGGGGGUCCCAGGCGGUUAGUCCGGUCGGGAUCAGCACCGGAUCAGAGAGCAGCGAGCCGGUGUGGCGGCCUUGGUAGCACAACGGACAAGAAUCUCCAGUGAAACCAGUUUGCGUUACUUGCCCAGUUUAGACGGUGAACUGACUACACACACACACACACACACACACACACACACACACACACACACACACACACACACACGGCUGUUACGGGCUCCAACCUGUGACUUUUCAGCUGCGGGACUAAAAGUCUAACAUUUAACAACAACACAAGUUGUCAUUGUUUCGUUUUAUGGAACAGGGGCCUUAAAUGGCAGAUAGUUCUUAUAAUUUAUUGUCUGAUUCCAAAAUUUGGAUGUCGGUGAUAAACAUGCUGUACAUGCAGAUGGACGAUUUAUAGCAAAAUUUGUUACCAAGUACUUUUAGAUUAGUUUUGUACAAAGUUGUUAUUGAUUGUUAUACCAAAGCUGUGUUUUAUAUUCUUUGUUGUUUUUGUGCUGAAAAGGACAAAGAGAAAAGAAAAAAGUGACGUUGGGCAAUGACCCAUUGUUUUAAUAAAAGAUGUUACAAAAACUAA